CCUUGUUGACACUGUUGAGCAGGGAGGGGGGGAAAAGGGGAGGGGGAUCCAGGGGUGGAAGACAAAAAUGCUGCCUUCUCAAGAAGCCGCCAAAAUCUACCAUGAUAACUACAUGCGCAACUCCAGGACCAUCGGUGUCCUUUGGGCCAUAUUCACCAUUUGCUUGGCCAUCAUCAAUGUAGUGGUCUUCAUCCAGCCAUACUGGAUUGGUGACAGUGUCAACUCUCCCCAGGCUGGCUACUUUGGCUUGUUUCACUACUGUGUGGGCAACGUGAAGUCCAACAGGGAGAUCUCCUGCCAGGGCAGCUUCUCCGAUUUCAGCUCUAUCCCAUCUGGAGCCUUCAAGGCAGCCUCUUUCUUCGUGUUGAUGUCCAUGGUUCUUAUCCUCAGCUGCAUAGGCUGCUUCGCUCUCUUCUUCUUCUGCAACACCGCCAUGGUCUACAAGACGUGUGCAUGGACACAGUUUCUAUGUGCUGUUUGUCUGGUGCUCGGCUGUGUGAUCUUCCCGAAUGGCUGGGAUGCAGAAGUGAUUCGGGACAUGUGUGGAGAGGACACAGGCAGAUACUCUCUGGGCGACUGCUCGGUGCGCUGGGCGUACAUCCUCGCCAUCAUCGGCAUCCUGGAUGCCCUCAUCCUCUCCUUCCUGGCCUUUGUGCUGGGGAACCGCCAGAGUGACGUCCUGCAGGAGGAGCUGAAGGCUGACAGCAGAGACCUCUCUAGAUCGAGGAUUGAAACCCAGAACCCCAUGAAGGCACGAUGUGCAAUCCAGCGCUACAACUGAGAAUCAAACUUCCUCUCCUCCUCUUCCGACAUCCUCCCUCUCUCCCUC